AGGAACUCACAGAUCCAAUGAUUUGUUUUUAACCCAAUCACUCAAACCACACUUCCACGUCUCUGUUCGUUUUGUUUAAUGUUCAUGCUUUAUGAUAACUUCUUUCUAAACAGCGUUUGUUAUCACUAGGUAACGGAUAGAUUAGGCGGGGUAAACGUAAAAGUAAAUGAAAGUUACUAACAUAAGUACCACCCAUGAACUGUCACUAUAUACGACGGCGCCGCUGGCUGAAUACGCACACGGAUGUAUUUCGAACGCUACGCUACGCAUUGUGGGUAAUGUAGUUAGUAACGUUACAAGUCCAAUCUACGGAAGUUCGUGCGGCAGAAGACGCGCGUCGUGUAGAAACAGUGGUGUUUGUCUGGACGAGUUUCUCUGGGACAUGUUGGGGCAAGUACCGCCAACAAAAUGAAGGGAAAUACUCUCAGGUACUGGAAAAACACUGAAACCACUGUACGUAGGCUAUAUGUAGUCCGUUAGAUAAUAGGUUAUUGUCUUUUUGUUCGGUCAAAGUCGUCACAAUGUUAACUCUCAAACGCGUGGUGUGCGUUGGAGGAACAAUUGCUCCCCUAUGCACCGCCCUCUCUGCGAGCAGUUUCUCUGCUGGCUGUUUCCUAAUAGCCCCAAAGAGGCUCAGUCCGUACAGCUCAGUGGACAGUGAGCGCUACUCGUCUCUCGUGAAGUCUGUCAUGUCGUCCAGGGUCAGUGCCCAAACCCCGGAGACCCUCCAAGCGGAGGACGACCACAUCUAUGGACCUGUUGUCAAAGCUCAAACGCCCUCCUCAAGACCAGAGCCGAGGGUACCCAAAACCCUGCAUCCCUUCUUACACCUUAAAGAGACUGUAGACCCGGAGUACCCAGAGUCAGGACCUCCAGCCCGGAUUUCGUUGAACCGGGCAAGCAGACCUCUCGUGCCGAGUGUGACCCGCAUUCUCCAGCAGACGCUUUCCCCAGAGCAGAUCUUCUACCUGGACAGGUGGAAGAGGAAGAUGAUCGCAGAGCUUGGGGAGGAAGGCUUCAAAGAAUACAGCCAGAAUUUAUUUAGGCAAGGGAAGCUUUUCCAUUCAGCUUUGGAGGACAUCCUGGCGUCAGGUGCAACUUGGAAGAACAGAAAUCCUUCGGAGACUUCAGAGUAUCCACCUGAGGUACAGGGAUACUUGGAGAGCAUCUCUCACAUACUGGAGGAUGUCACGGCCGUGAGAGCCACUGAAAGCACUGUGCAUCACGACACGCUGAACUAUCUAGGAAUUGUGGAUUGCGUUGCCCGCUACAGGGGUGUACUAUGUCUUAUUGACUGGAAGACCUCAGAGAAGCCCAAACCAUUCCUGGGCAACACAUAUGACAACCCGGUUCAGGUGGCAGCCUAUGCUGGUGCUUUGAACAAUGAUGGCAACUACAAAUACCAGGUUGAAAAUGGACUCAUCGUAGUCGCCUACAAGGAUGGCUCCCCUGCCCAUGCUCAUCAGUUGAGCUCAGAGCUGAUGUUGGAGUACUGGAAAACUUGGUUGCUUCGUCUUGAGGAGUUUACAGAACAAAGAUCCAGUCAAGCAUCCCGUGCUUUUGUGCAAAAGAGAUGAGAUGAUUGAAGAAGGGUCUGCAAGUGCAUGUCCAUGAAUCGGGUCAUUU